UUUCUCUUUUUAAACCUUUUCAAUAUAUGCUUCUCAUCAUUAUUACCACCUCUCAUGCACUUCUUCUAGGGUUGUUAUUUGUGUUGUUCUUCAAAACUACUUUUAGGCCAUCUCUUUGAAAGCACCUUCCACUUUUCUAGUUAUUGUUGUUUGAAAAAUCUUCAGUAGAGACACAACAAAGGCUAUCUCUCUUUCCUUUUUCAUUAGGGUUAUUAGAACAAAAUAGGCUGAGAUAUGGAGGAGAGAAAUGAUGCUGAGAAACUUGAUGAAGUCAUACUACCGGGGUUCAGGUUUCAUCCAACUGAUGAGGAGCUUGUUGGGUUUUACCUCAAGAGAAAGAUUCAGCAACGCCCUUUGACUAUUGAGCUCAUCAAGCAGCUUGAUAUCUAUAAAUAUGACCCUUGGGAUCUUCCAAAGUUGGCCACCACAGGAGAGAAAGAGUGGUAUUUCUACUGUCCCAGGGACAGAAAAUACAGAAACAGUGCAAGGCCUAAUAGGGUAACUGGAGCUGGGUUCUGGAAAGCUACUGGCACUGAUAGGCCUAUAUACUCCUCAGAAGGUUCCAAGUGUAUUGGCCUUAAGAAAUCCCUAGUCUUUUACAAAGGUAGAGCGGCCAAAGGGGUCAAAACUGAUUGGAUGAUGCAUGAGUUCAGGCUACCCUCUCUCACUGACUCACUGUCCCCAAAGUACAUAGACAAAACCAUUCCUGCGCAGGAAUCUUGGGCUAUCUGCAGGAUAUUCAAGAAAACCAAUUCCACAGCUCAAAGAGCUUUGUCUCACUCUUGGGUCUCUUCCCUACCUGAAACAAGAACCUCUGAUAUCCUAACUAAAGAUCAAGACAGCACCCAGUUUUGUUCACCCAACAUGCCAUUGCCAAAGAAAACUAGCUUAACAAGCCAGUUCUGUACUAACAAUUACAAUGAUGCACAACCUUUAACCACUAAUAGUUGUAGUAGUAGUACUCUUUGUCCUUUAGAUGUUGCCUCAUAUAAAUCCAUUAUCAACCCAUUGCUCUACAAAGCCUUUGACCAUUUUCCCAUUUCAAAUGGAGACCUUAGCACCAACUUGCUAUUCUCAUCUCCUUUUGAAACAUCAGAUCCUAACGCCAAAUCUACAAUGGACGUUUCUUCCAUGUUGUUGAACAUGUCAUCCUCCGUGCUAGGAGAUCUAAACAAGACUUCGGAGGAUACAAACACAAGCACAAACUUUGGUGAGUUGCAAGAGCACUGUAGUGGCUACCCAAUACCAUUCUUACGUGAGAUGCAAACCACAUUUGGUAACCAACAAUAUUAUGAUAAUGUUAAUGCAUUGGUAAAAGUUCCUAAUGUGAAUGUGCCUCGUGUUGAUGACCAAGAGUUGGAGUUGGAGAGUGUACGAUCCAUUGGGUUCCCAUUCAGUAGUAUGCCUUUCAAUAUUGGCGAUGCAUGGAAGUCAAAUCUGCUUUGGGAUACUUCCUCUUUUCCUUGUGAUGUGCCAUCUAGUUAUUCCACAACCAAGUGCUAUACUUAGUGCAUUAUUUUAUUAUUAGACAAAUAGAAGCAGUUGUUUUUGUAGCUUCUAGUAGGCAGUAACUACUGAGUCUGACUUUUUAGCUUAGAUUUCUGUUCAAUUUACAUUAGC